AUGGCUGAACAUCCUUCUUUCACCCUUGCGGCUCUUCUGCCCGUCGGAGGCACUAUUGGAUUCCUGAAAACCCGAUCUGCUCCCUCUCUGAUCGCCGGUGUUGGUCUGGGUGUCUCAUAUGCCUACUCUGGAUAUCUGAUCAAGGAAAACAAAGACUAUGGCACGGAGCUUGCACUGGGAAACAGUCUCCUCUUGCUUGGUUCUGCUAUUCCUCGUAUCAUCAAGACUAAGGCUCGGGCCGCUAUGCCUCUAGCACUCGGUGCCACUGGUUUGUUGGCAUCUUUCUACUACCAGAAGAAGGUCCGGGAAUUCCGGUUUGGAGUCUAG